AUGAAAAGACCAUAAAGUGCAUAAGUUACAAAAAUCUUCAUCAAUCGACCAAAAGAUGAAAUUAUAGAAACACGACAACAACUUAAUCAAUUAACUGAUGAACAUAGGUAAAUUAAAACUCAAAACAUGCAACUAAAAGUAUAAACUAAAUAAAUCUUUAGAGAUAACUCAUGAAAUAUGAGCAUAUAGAUGAAAACCUAAUUAAUUCUUAAUAAUUAUUAGGACGUACUUCUGAAUAACCUAGCAUCAUCCCUACUCUGAAAUAUAAAAUAAGAGUUUAAUAAAAUGAAAUUGAUGUCUUAAGAUAACAAUUAUAAGCACAAUAAAAACAAAUGAGAAUUACAUCAAUCUAAGAAUUAUAAUAUUAAAUAUAAAAAUAUUAAGAAGAAACUAUUAAUCUUAAAUAAAUGCUAGAUGAAGCAUUAAAUAUUAAAAAUGAAACAUAAAAAUCUCAAUAUAUUGGCUAUUUAUCUAAAAUUUAAGAAUUGAAAUAAGAAAUCAAAUAAUAUAUGUAAUUCUGUGAAAAUUAAUAGAGAGAUAUUAAACAAUUAUAACAAUAAAUCAAAUUGUAAUCAGAUCAAUUAUAAUAAUUAAAUGCAGAAAAAAAAAAAUAUGAAAGUUUAACAAAAGACUCUUAAAUAUAAAAACAAUAACAAAUAGAAAAUUCUUAUACAUUCUCAAAAUCAGUUGUAAUUAAAGAUCCUAAAAGAAGAGAUGAAAAUCCUGAAUAUCCUAUAAAUGAAAAUACUCUAUUAUCUUAAUUACAAGAAAAAGAAAGAAAAAUUCAUGAACUUGAAGAAAACUUAACUAGUCUCAAUAAAACUCAUAAUGCAAAAAUUAAUCAAUAAUUAUAAUUUAUUGAAUAAUAGAAUGCUUAAUUAGGAAUGAAAUAAAAUAUAAUAUCAAAUUUAGAAUAAGAAGUAAGUAAAUUAGAACUUUAAAUUAAUGACAUUAAACUCAAGACAUAAAAAAUGUUAUAAAAUAAAGUUUGUGAAGAUAAAGUGACAUAAAUUCCAUAUAAAUUCUAAUAGACAUAUGAAGAAAUUAAAACUAUAUUAAGAUUUAGAUUAAAGAGAUCAAAAAUUGAAUAGAAAGAUAUAUCAAAAUACUUAUUAAAAAAAGAUGAUAUAAGAUUCUUCUCAAUUUAAUCAAGAUUUUAAAAGUAUCUUUACUUUUUCUAAAUAGAUUCCCAUUUAAUCUGAAUCCUCAACAAUCUUAUCACAUAACCAUGUAUCUAUUAAGUGAAGAAUCACCAUAUGAUUCUACUGUUUUAUAAAAAGAGUUACCAAUAUAAGUACUCAAAUCCAGAAUAUUUCAUCUAUUGGAUUCAUAUGAAUUAUUAACUAUUGAAGAAGAAGGAUAAUUAUUUUAAAGUAUAUCAAGAAAGAUUAUAAAUAAAUUUAAUUAAUUACAAGAUUCUGUUAAAUAAAUUAAAAGAAUUGAAAAGUAAAUAUAUAUUAUUAAAUAUUAUAGAUCAAAUAUUAAAGAUGGAUUUUGUCUACCAAAAUAAUUAUUAGAAGCAUUUACACUUAUUUUAGAUAAUUCACUAUCUGAUGAUGAAGCUGAAUACUUAUUUUAAUUAAAUUUUGAAAUCACUAAAUCCCCUUUUCUGAUUAAUCUUUCAAGAAUGUUUUAACUAUUAUAAAUGAAACCUAAAUCUGAAAUUGGCAAAAUUUGUAAUAUUAUUUAUAUUAUAUUUAAAAGAGAAAGAAUUAUCAUUGUUUCCAUCUACUCUACUAUUUUCAUAUAAUAAAGAACCAGUAGUCAAACCAAAAAGUAAAAUUAUAAUUAUAACCUAAGGAACAUCAAUGCUAUUAAAUUAAAAUGUCUCCCCUAAAUAAAGUAUAUCAGGAUAACAAAGAAUAUUAAAAUUAAAUUAAGCCUUUUCAGUAAUUGAAGUAAUACCAGUAAUUAAGAAGAAACCUUUUUUAUCAAUUACUUAAACUCCAUAAAUUUAAUUAGGUAAAUAAAAAAAUUAUAAACCAAAUUAAACUUAAACAGAAGAGAUAGAAUUAGGAAAUGAUAAAAAAUUGAAGAGUUUGGGAAUAGAAUAGAUUAUUUAAUUAAACUGGAUUCAUAAGAUUGAAAAAACUGAUACUGGAGUUUGUUGUAACCAAAAAGAAAUGGUAACUAUAAAAUAAAUUAAUAUUUCUUAUGAUUUUAAGAAAGUAAAAAAUGAAUAAGAAAUUUAAUGUAAUUUAGAAUAAGAAAAUAUUAUUCAGAUUAAUUAUGAAGAAAAAGUGAAUAUUGAGUAAGGUACAAAAGAUUUAUUAUAAACUAAUGAAUAAGUAAAUAAAGAAGAUGUAACAGAAAUUAUUAAUAAAGAAGAAUAAGAUAUUUAAAAUGUAUAACCAGAAAAAUCUAAAUAAGAAUAUGAAUAAAAAGAAUAAUAAAAAGAAUAAUAAUAAGAAUAAUAAUAAGAAUAAUAAUAAUAAGAAUAAUAAUAAAAAGAAUAAUAUUAAGAAUAAUCAUAUUAAAAAUAAGAAUAGACAUAAUAAUAAGAAAAAUAAGUACAAUAAUCUAAUGAUUUAAAUGAAAAUAUAGAAUAAAUAGUAGAUUCUUAUUUGAAUUAAAUAGUAGAAUAAUAUAUGAAGAAUUCAAAGGAAAUUAAGAAUUAAUAAUAAUGA